AUGGACUUUGAACACAACAAGACGAUAAGUGUUGCUGCGCUUGGACGGCCUUUUAACAUUGGGAUGCUGUAUGACUGCCGCAAUGACUCACUCGUCCCUGGCAUAUCAUUGUGGGACCACAAUGAUCUGUUAGAACAUAUAGGAGAAAGACCUCACUUCCACAAUGACUUUGAGGUAGUUACAUCUGAAUCAACUGAGGGCAAAUCUUCAGCACUUAAUGUUGAUGCAUCCCUGAAGGCAAGUUUCAUGACUGGACUGGUAGAGGUUGAAGGAUCUGCCAAAUACCUGAAGAAUCAUAAGACAUCCAAAAAUCAAGUCAGAGUAACACUGAAGUAUGAAGCUACCACAAAGUUCCAGGAACUUUCGAUGAAUCAUCUUGGAAGAGGCAAUGUGAAGCAUCAAUAUGUCUUUGAUAAAGGAGUAGCAACACAUGUAGUCACAGCUAUCCUUUAUGGGGCACAAGCCUUCUUUGUCUUCGACCGUGAGGUGUCUAAAGAGGAGGAUCUUCAAGACAUUCAAGGCAAAUUGAAGUUGACAAUCAAGAAGAUUCCCAGCCUUUCGAUAGAAGGUGAAGGGAACCUACAUAUGGAAGACAAGGACAGUACAAGUAUGGAGAAAUUCACCUGCAAAUUCCAUGGAGACUUUUUCCUUGAGAAAAACCCAAUGUCUUUUCAGGAUGCAGUACAAGUCUAUCAAAGCCUGCCAAAACUUCUGGAUGCAAAUAGAGAAAAUGUUGUACCACUGAAGGUCUGGCUGUUGCCAUUGACAUGCCUAAAUUCAGGUGCUACUCAGCUAGUACGACAGAUAAGUGCACCGUUAGUACGCAGAACGCUGAAUCUCUUAGAGGACAUGUCUGAGCUGGAAAUGAGGUGCAAUGAUGCACUGAAAAGCACAAUUGCACAGCAGUUCCCAGAGGUUGGCAAAAAUCUUAAAAUGUUUAAAGAACUUUGCUUUGAUUUCAAGAUGGAAUUCCAACGAGACUUGGCAAAGAAACUUCCAUCAAUCCGGGGAGGAGAGGAAGAUGAGGAUGCGCUCUCAGAGAUCCUGAGAAAAAGUCAAUCUUCUCUCUUCAAAAACACAAACCUGAACAAGUGGAUGGAUUGUAAAGCGAAAGAAAUCUACAACUUCAUGUCUUUCACCAACAUGAUGAAAAACACCAAGAUCGUUCCAUCUGAAAAUGACCUGUAUAAGGAAAUUGUCGGUGCAGAACAUGCUGUGUGUUUUGUGUUCACCUUAUUGGGAAGUGCUGAACCGUACCUCUCAGCUUUGUCAAACAACCCAGAUUAUACUCAACAACCACAAACUGAAAACGCAGAAAAGGAAUGGUUCUUUUCAAGAGGUGAUGAAGUGAUGGAUGAUGAAGUGAGGCGUAAAGCAAAGCUCUUCAGUGAUUUUGCAGAAGCCAACAAGGAGGACAACACCAUUAAGUUCCUAACAGUGGGUUUACCAAAUGAGGCACAGAAAGGUCCACGCAUCUACCUUUAUAAAGAAGGUUUUCCUGUCAAUGAGGACUUUGAGCCACCGUCAAAGCCUGAAGUAGAAACACCAAGUGAAAUAACUCAGGACAGCGUGACACUGAAAAUUUCUCCACCCAAAUAUGGAGCAGAGAACAUCAUCUCAUACUCUGUUGAGUACUGUGGGAUCAUCAAACACCUAAUGACUGUUCAGCUAAAGUUGGACAGCAACCAGAUGGCCACUGUUGUGAGUGCAUAUGCUCCCACUCUGGACUCACAAAAGGACAUCAACGAAGCAUUCUUCGCCAGUCUAGACAACAUCCUGUCAGACAUCCCAAAACAAGACCACAACUAG